UGCGUACGAUGGUUGAAGAAGCCAACAAACGAAACCUUACGGACGAGCAGCGUUCGGCAGCGUCCAUGAAUGUAUCUUUCGUUCUCGAUAACGUGGUCCCAAGGGUAUCUUCCCAACUCAACUACCACUUUGAUCGUCCUAUACCCGAGUUAGAUUCUCUUCGCGCCAGUUUGAGAGAAUUGACGUAUUUGAAAUAACAAAAAGUUCCUAAAGAAUCCAGCCGAGAAAGUUGAAAUGUAGGAAUGCCCAUAACACGUGAAAAUGAAAAUGAAAGAAGAAGAGCAAAAAGAAGACCAAUAACAAGAAGAACAAGAGCUUGAGCAAGAGUUAUAACAAGAGUUAUAGCAAGAACCAGAGCAAGAACCGGCACAAGAACAAAAACAAAAACAAAAGCAAGAGUAAGAAAAGGCUGAUAUCUACGGACUCUUCCUCUUCCUCUUCCUCUUCCUCUUCCUCUUCCUCUUCUUCCUCUUUUUCUUCUUCUUCAUCUUCUUCUUCUUGACAAAACAAAUGUACUCCUCAUUGUUCGACACCUUGGACAUCUUGACUCGACACUCCUGUUUUUUUUAAUUUAUCACAUCGUUCUCCUUUGCUUGUCAAUAGAUCCAGUAAAGACCCAACAUAUAGCAUCAUCUCCCCUCUUUUAUUUUUGGAUUUUUUUUCCUGGUUGUAGUUAUACUUAUAAAAAGGGAUCUCUUUGUAUCUGAGUCUUUUACAAUCGUGCGCACUUCAUCUCUCUCUUUUUUUCGCUUUUAUUAUUUCUCUUCUUCUUUCUCUUCUUCUUUCUCUUCUUCUUUCUCCUCUUCUUUUCUUUCAUUUUUCCUUUUUCCUUUUCACUUUUUUAUUUUAUUUUAAUAUGUUGCCUGAUACACCUCUUACCCGGGGUGUCGUUAUUGGAGGAAUUUUUAUUGUAUCAGCUAUAGCCCCGGCCUCAUUUUUAUACACCAGUCUAGUUCUUAUGAAAGGCCAGAUAUUUCUUCCGACACUCUUGCUCCAUUUAUUUCAUGCAAUCAUUCCUAUACUAUCAAAUAUCAUUCAUACCUGGCUUGUACUCGAGGUUCUUUUCUGGUGCUUUUUCUUAACCACUCGGAGUCGUCUUCAGCAGGAACGCUCUCACAUGGUACCAAUGUCCAAAAAAGCUCGAUUGGAAUUAUUUGAAAAUUGUGUUGACGCCAUCGAAAAAAUCGAACCUUGGAUAACUGGAUGGUACUACGAUGCCGAUACUAUCGAGAAUCCUAAAUUUGAGGAUAUUAAAAAAGACAACCUGGCUGAAUGGCUUGCCGGGUCGCUGUGGAAUGAUUACCUUGAACCUGUGACGCAAAAUCCAGAAUAUGCAGCUGAGCUUGAUGGCUAUCUUCAGCAAACGGAAAAGAUGUUCAAUGUAAAAUUCCCAGAAGGUCGCAAUCCGCAGAUCCGUUGUAUUCGAAUGUCUCUCGACCCAAUCGAAGCAGUACAUCGACCCCUAUUUGUUUAUGUCAGCCUGUACAUCAUCACUUAUAUCUUCAAUACUCUCUUUCUCAAAACAGCCUGGGGAUUCCGAAGAUACGGCACUGAUUCCCCUUCUGUUCUCUGGGGUGGCUUCCUUGAGUACCCCCACAUUAUAAUGGAAGGGAUUCAAGCUGUUUUCAGAAACACGCACGAUUUGUCAACACCACACCCUAAAUCCCCCCAAUAUAAGCACAAGAGCCUCGUGUAUUGGUAUAGAACCCCCUCUGUAGCCGCAACGAACAAAACUCCCUUGUUGUUUAUCCAUGGUUUAGGGGCUGGGCCAGUGUGCUACACCGAAUUUAUCCAUCGUCUCGCCAGCCUUGACAGACCUAUUUUUGUUCUUGAAUUGCCUUAUGUAUCAAUGCAUAUGGUAGAGUAUGCCCCCGGAAUUGAUGAGACCGUACAGGAAGUUGUAGGGAUGCUACAGAACCAUGGGUACGAGCGUGCAGUUGUAGUAUCUCAUUCAUAUGGGACAGCAAUUGCCAGCUGGCUUAUGAAAAAAGUGCCUGAACGGGUGGCUGGUUCAGUUUUAAUUGAUCCAAUCUGUUUUCUCAUGCACUACCACAAUCUCUGUUUCAACUUUUUAGUUCGUAUACCUAGACGAGCAGUGGAGUAUGCUAUGCGCUAUUUUGCUGGACGUGAAUUAUAUACUUGUUAUUUUCUUAAGAGACGAUUCCAAUGGGUUGAUACCAUAUUCUUUGUUCAUCCUGAAACAGCAGAAGAUGGAACUACUCAUGAACCAGCUAUUCUUGACCCGUCCAGUCCCUUAAAAAACGCAGUAGUUUUUUUAUCAGAGCUAGACAUUGUUAGCAAUAGUCCCCUGGUGGGCAAGUAUCUUACAGGGCGUGGUGUAGACGCAAGGCUUAUGACAGGUCUUGAUCAUGCUGGGUUCAUGUUCAAUUGGGAGUGGCGCGAAAGAAUUCUUCGGCAAGUGGAACGCGUUGCUAGCAACGUAGAUGACGAAGGAGUCGCAGAAUACCAAUAAGACCACUUUAAAUAAUUGGCACCUUCAUAAAUUACAAUACAUGCUUGCAUAAACAUUACAUGUAUUCAUUUACACGUGUAUAAGGAAUAUUGACUAAAUAAUCGAUAAAAAUUGCAAUACAUAAUAAGCAAAGGCUAUGUAAAGCCUGCUUUUGUUCAAAUAAAGGUAUACGAUUGAAUUAACUGAU